AAGCUCGUCAAGUCCGAGCUUCAGUUCGACUUGAUUUUCAGUGAGCCGAGGUUCUAUGAGACGAGGUUAUCUGCCUGGGUCUGUUUACACAACUGCAGCUGAUUGGAAGCGCGGAGCGAAUAGAGGCGUUGGUCCGGUGUUCAGUUGAAAGUGAAUCUACUUGGGGAGAGGAUGCUGGAUGUAGUGGCUCUACUGCUUAUAGCCCUGGCAGUGGGCUUCUGGUUCGUGCGGACGCGUUAUAGCUACUGGACCCGGCGGGGCAUUGGCUGUGAGCCGGCCCGGUUUCCCGUGGGCAAUAUGGAGGGAUUCCGGAAAAACAAGCAUUUCAUCGACAUAGUAACGCCAAUCUAUGAGAAGUUCAAGGGCAAUGGAGCACCCUUCGCCGGAUUCUUUAUGAUGCUGAGACCUGUGGUCUUGGUCACAGAUCUGGAACUGGCCAAACAGAUCCUCAUUCAGGAUUUCGCCAACUUUGAGGAUCGUGGAAUGUAUCACAAUGAGCGGGAUGAUCCCCUAACUGGCCAUCUAUUCCGCAUCGACGGGCCCAAGUGGCGACCAUUGCGCCAGAAAAUGUCGCCCACCUUCACCUCAGCCAAGAUGAAGUACAUGUUUCCGACGGUGUGCGAGGUGGGCGGGGAACUUACUCAAGUUUGCGGCGAGUUGGCGGAUAAUGCCAUGUGCGGAAUCCUUGAGAUCGGUGAUCUGAUGGCUCGCUACACUUCGGAUGUGAUUGGACGUUGUGCCUUUGGCGUGGAAUGCAAUGGCCUCCGAAAUCCCGAGGCGGAGUUCGCCAUAAUGGGCAGGAGAGCCUUUUCAGAGCGUCGCCACUGUAAGCUGGUCGAUGGAUUUAUAGAGAGUUUUCCCGAGGUGGCCAGGCUUUUGCGCAUGCGCCAAAUCCAUCAGGACAUUACGGAUUUCUAUGUGGGCAUCGUUCGGGAAACUGUGAAGCAGAGGGAGGAGCAGGGCAUCGUGAGGAGCGACUUCAUGAACCUGCUGAUCGAAAUGAAGCAGCGCGGUGAGCUCACCAUCGAGGAAAUGGCCGCCCAGGCAUUUAUAUUCUUUGUGGCGGGAUUCGAUACUUCCGCAUCCACGUUAGGAUUUGCACUGUACGAGUUGGCCAAGCAGCCGGCACUGCAGGCAAAGCUACGCGAGGAAAUUGACCAGGCUCUGCAGUUACAUCAGGGUGAAUUCACAUAUGAUUCCAUGCAGGAGCUGCGCUACAUGGAACUGGUCAUUGCAGAAACCCUUCGAAAGUAUCCCAUACUACCGCAGCUCACUCGCAUCUCCAGGCAUCUCUACGCAGCUAAGGGCGAUCGUCAUUUCUACAUCGAGCCGGGUCAAAUGGUACUGAUUCCGGUCUACGGCAUCCAUCAUGAUCCCGCCCUAUACCCCGAGCCACAUAAGUUCAUCCCGGAGCGCUUUCUGGCCGAUCAGCUGGCCCAGCGACCCACCGCCGCAUGGCUGCCCUUCGGCGAUGGACCGCGAAACUGCAUUGGAAUGAGGUUUGGCAAAAUGCAGACGACCAUUGGCCUGGUCAGUCUGCUCCGAAACUUUCACUUCAGCGUCUGUCCGCGAACUGACCCAAACAUUGAGUUUCUCAAGUCCAACAUUCUGCUGUGCCCGGCCAACGGAAUUUACUUAAAAGUCCAACAGCUUAGCCAACUGAGCAGAUAGUGUAGUGCUGCUUAUCAAAUCGCUGUCUGGAUUGUAUUCUAAUGUACAUUUAACAAUGCUGUUAUACAAAUACACAAUCAAAUCAAUCAGGAAAACUGCUGUAUAUCUAAUCAAGCUUCUUGCGCUUAAUUUGUUUGAUUAAAUACUUGUGUCGUCACUGACAUUAUCUUAGCAUUUCACCAGUGCCAGGAAUUUUAAAUAAUG